AUGAAGAGGCCUUUGAAUAACCGGUGCCAUAUGGGGACUCAUUGGACCAUUCCCGUUGUGUGCCUUCACACAUUCUAUGUUGCUGCUUUGGUUGGAUUCACAGGUGCAAUUCGGCAUAUAGAGUUCAGGUUUAAUGAACUCAAAGACUUAUGGCAGGGGAUACUUGUUUCAGCUUUAUCUAUCGGUGUACUCCACAGGCAAGCAUACUGGUACUGGCUUUCUUCUCUAUAUCAAGUUCACAGCCUCUGCUCUCACAAAUCAGCUUGA